AUGAAAUUCCUCAGCCUUCUCGCACAUCUUACCUUGGUCUCGACCGGCUUCGCCCUUCCAGGCGGCUGGAACGACUGGAACAACGCUCUGACACAGGGAGAUGCUACAGACAUCGUUUCCAAGUUCAUCACAAUCCUCUCGCAUUCCGACGUUUCGGUUGCCAAUGCCACAGCCCAGGCCUUGAUUGCCGACAACUUCUUCGAGAAGUCUGAUUCCAUCAAUAUGCUCGCUGGCUUCCCGCUCGGCUCGACAACUACAACCGGCAAGCAAACCUACAUCAACGGCGUGCUCAAUGCUCCCGGACUCAAUGGUGCUGAAACCAUCAAGAUUCUCGCAUCGGGCAACAACAUUGUCUGGCAGUGGCGCUUCACCGCCAUCGGCACCAAGCAGCUGCCUGUCCAGGGAUUCAAUCUGUUUGAGAUCAGUGAGAAGAAGCAGAUCAAUGGCCUCUACGUCGAGUUCAACAGUAUUGCUUGGGGUAUCGAUACCGGUUUUACCACCACUGAUCGUAUGGGGAAGAACUUGCCAGUGGCAUAG